AACGCUUCGGUGGCCAGAAGCGGGAAAAAAAUUCUUAAAAGGAACAGUAGCUUCGGAGGUGUUCUAUAUAGGGUGAAGCGUGCGUUUGAGGGAUUUCAUUUGACUGGAUUUCAAUACUGGCAAUUAAUCAUGAAGUCAUUCUGGAAGACCUGCAUCAUCUUUUUAGCCCUAUUUGCGUCUGUUCUUGCUUAUCAUCAUCAUCAACAAGGAUCUAACCUUGCUCAUAUUUUAGCUGCAGGGCUAAUCGUGCAGAUGUUGUCCCAUCACGGCCAUCAUAAGCAGCAUCAUCAUGGUCAUCAUCAUCAUGGUCAUCAUCAUCACCACGGCCACGAAUCAAGGCAUAAUUCAGGUUACGCAUUAUACAAGCAUCAACAAUACCGAACUCCAGAAUGGCCAGUUCAAGAAGCAAGAAUCCAACCUGAUUUAUUCGCAGGACAAGCGAAUCCUUGGAUUCAUAAUCAGCCAAUGAAUUUUGGAUUCCCACAAGGACAAUUCCCGCAUUCUCCUAUGGAAGCAUUUAAUGUUCCAUCAAUUUAUUCUCAACAACAACAACCUCUAUUUCCUCCUUAUUAGAUAUAAACUUGAAUUUAAAUAAGUACAUCAUUGUAAAUAGCUAUCAUCAAAUCUGUACAGUCAUUUGCAAUAAAAAGAAGGGUUUUGUAUAUCGAACAAACACAAAGCAUUAUUUCAAGUAGUUUAUAUUGCUCUUCAAGAUUUUAGUAUUUGCAAUUUAUUAUUAAACAAGAUAAGGCACAAUCUUAUCUUUUUAUAUAAAUUAAUAAGGAUAUUUAAUUUAAAAAUCCUUAUUAUAAACAUUUGCAAACUCUCAGGAGGAAUACGCAUGCAAUAUUAAUAGACUCAGUAUAUUUUGAUGCUAGAUUCUGAUUAUCUGAAAAUUGUCAUAUAAAAGGCUAUUACUCGAUAAUGUUUCAUAAUAUUUGUUGCAACAAUAUUUUAAUUUUUCCCUCUCUGCUCAACUUGUUCUAAUCUACACAUAAGUGUAUGUUUAAAUUUCAGAAAUUUUCAUCUGAAUAUUGUCUAGAGAUUUUAAUAUUAUUGCGAAAUUGCAUUUUAAAGAA